ACGAGUUGAAAAAGCAAAUAAGCGAGGCAUUAAAUAAAAUUGAUAAAAUAAAUGAUAAAUUAAUUGAGCUUACGGAAAAGAAGAAUCAGAAUGAUAAUUCUUCUCAGAAUAAUAUUUCUUCUAACUAA